GGUGGGAAGAAGAGGAGAGUCAGAGAUAAAUAACAUGAACAGGCUUAAAUAUACUAUUCCUGCUUCUUUCUCUUCAACUGAAAAAUCUCAAGUACUUUUAUAAAAACUGAUGGCAGUAUAUUUACAGGUUAAUAAUCUAUUUGAAAAAGGAAGGUGGAGGGUUGCUGUCGCAUUGUGUAGCAUGAUAUCUGGGUAGAGUGGGUUAUUUCAUGGCUUGCACAGCCAGGACACAGACGUCUUCACCACCAUCUCAGUGUCUCUUCUUUGUUUUUCCUUUAGCUCAACAGAAUUCACCAAAAAUCCAUGAAGGCUGGUGGGCGUACAAGGAGGUGGUCCAGGGAAGCUUUGUUCCAGUUCCUUCUUUCUGGGGAUUGGUGAACUCAGCUUGGAAUCUUUGCUCUGUGGGGAAGCGGCAGUCGCCAGUCAACAUAGAGACCAGUCACAUGAUCUUCGACCCCUUCCUGACGCCCCUUCGCAUCAACACGGGGGGCAGGAAGGUCAGUGGGACCAUGUACAACACUGGAAGACACGUGUCACUCCGCCUGGACAAGGAGCACUUAGUCAACAUAUCAGGAGGGCCCAUGACAUAUAGCCAUCGGCUGGAGGAGAUUCGGCUACACUUUGGGAGUGAGGACAGCCAAGGUUCUGAGCAUCUCCUCAAUGGACAGGCCUUCUCUGGGGAGGUGCAGCUCAUCCACUAUAACCAUGAGUUAUAUACAAAUGUCACAGAAGCAGCAAGGAGUCCAAAUGGAUUGGUGGUAGUUUCUAUAUUUAUAAAAGUUUCUGAUUCAUCAAAUCCAUUUCUUAAUCGAAUGCUCAACAGAGAUACUAUCACAAGAAUAACAUAUAAAAAUGAUGCAUAUUUACUACAGGGACUUAACAUAGAGGAACUAUAUCCAGAAACCUCUAGUUUCAUUACUUACGAUGGGUCGAUGACUAUCCCACCCUGCUAUGAGACAGCAAGUUGGAUAAUAAUGAACAAACCUGUGUAUAUAACCAGGAUGCAGAUGCAUUCCUUACGCCUGCUCAGCCAGAAUCAGCCAUCUCAGAUCUUCCUGAGCAUGAGUGACAACUUCAGGCCUGUUCAGCCACUCAACAACCGCUGUAUCCGCACCAACAUCAACUUCAGUUUACAGGGGAAGGACUGUCCAAACAACCGAGCCCAGAAACUUCAGUAUAGAGUAAAUGAAUGGCUUCUAAAGUAG